AGGUUAGCAGGCGCUACGUUGACGACGACGCGGUCGCGGAAGACGACAGCGGCGUGUCGCGCGCCGUUGAGGUAGUGAGGUUGAAAAUCGGCGCUUGCCCGGUGUCACCCUUCCUCCUCCAAGCCUCCACUCGUCCCACGAACCCUUCGUGCGCUAUCCCUCCAAAAGGUCCACUGCCCCUAUAUCUUUCCCUCCGUUUCCUACGCAUAUAUACUACCCGUGGAGUUUCAUCGGCAUAUCCACGUGCGUGCACAACGAACGUACGCGUGUAUAGAAAGCCGCACGCGUAAUCAUCACGCAUACGCAGAUACGACUCCGGCGGACGAAGAAAGAGAGAAAGAGAGAGGGUGAGAGAGAAAGGUAUGCGCUAACACGGACCGCGCCUGCGCGUAGCGGCGCGAAGAGGGUGCGCGGCGCUUGGUGGGGAGCGUCAUCUGUCGCGACGUCAGUGUGACGGCGACCGGCAGCGGGUGCGGAUGGUGUUCUACUGGUGUGCGCGUGUUUUCCGUGACGUCGCGCAAUAAGAGACGUAAAUAACGGGUCUUUUAUUCUCAACGUCACUCGCGCGUGGACGCUUGAACGCGUGAGCGCGAGUGUCGGUUCCGACUCUCGGCUCUCCUACUAAUCGUUUCUCCCGUCAGUCGUGCAUCGGCGCGCGUCGAACGCGGUUUCGUGAAUGUGCCGCACGGCCGCUGCGAGGCGGUCCAUCGUCCUCGGGAAAACAUGCGCGUGGCGGGCCGCCGGUGGACGACCGUGGAUGCAACGACCGCGACGAACGGGAACGUCGCGUCGCACGUGACUGCCGCGACACCCGCGCAGCUACUUCCGGCGCAGUGAGUGCGAGUUCCGAGAGAAAGCCCUUGGAUACACGCUCGAUAUAGAUAGGUUCAUUCGCGGUGCAUCUCUUCUCUCACAGGUGUCGAGCGGGUGCUUCGAGAAUUCGCACAGUGUGACGGUGAAUUCAAUUACACGGUGUUCGCGAUUUCUUCCGUUCUCGCGUGUGCCCUCUCUCGCUCCGGUCGUUUCCGGUCCGUUCAGUGCCCGCGACCGCGAGACUGUGAAUCCUGGCACGUCAUUCCGAGCGCCGUUGCGACACCAUCGCGAGGAAAGGAUGAGGCGAGCCAGCCUCCGCGUCGCCCCCAGGAUGCAUCCUUUGCUGUCCUGCUGGUGCUUCGUCGCGACGUUCACUCUCGCCCUGGCUGCUUGGCAGGAGAACGUCAGGCCGAAGAUGUACGUCCAGCUAGGUGCGGAAGAUGUGUUCAGGUUUACGGGCAACGAGACGCACACAGAUUACUUUCGGCUGGUGCUCAGGGACGGGAACUAUCUCCUGGUCGGCGGAAGGAAUCUUGUACAUAAUCUCAGUUUGACCGAUCUGACGGAGCAACAGAGGCUGACCUGGUACUCGACGGAGAACGACGUGAAGAUGUGCGUUGUGAAGGGCACACCCGAAGAAAAUUGCCAGAAUUACAUUCGGAUUUUAGUGAAGACCGGGUCGAGCAAUUUGUUCGUGUGCGCCACGAACGCCUUCAAGCCUAUGUGCCGCGAUUACACAGUGCACGCGGGUAACUACACGAUGAUGAAGGAGAAGGGUGGUCAGGCGAGGUGCCCGUACGAUCCUCAGCACAACAGCACCUUCGUCUACGUAGACGGCGAGCUCUACACCGGCACGGUCGCCGAUUUUGCCGGUAUGGAUCCGAUCAUCUAUAGAGAGCCGCUGCAGACCGAGCAGUACGAUUCGAUGAGUCUGAACGCACCGAACUUUGUGAGCUCCAUGUCCCAAGGAGAUUUCGUCUACUUCUUCUUUAGGGAGACCGCUGUAGAAUAUAUCAAUUGCGGCAAGGCCGUCUACUCUCGCGUGGCGCGAGUCUGUAAAUACGACCGGGGUGGACCGCAUCGUUUCCGUAACAGGUGGACCUCCUUCCUCAAGUCGCGGCUCAAUUGCUCCGUUACUGGGGACUUUCCAUUUUACUUUAACGAGAUACAGUCAACGACCGAGCUAAUAUCGGGCCAAUACGGCGGCACAUCGGCGCAACUCAUCUACGGCACCUUUACGACGCCGGUGAACAGCAUAAGCGGUUCGGCGGUGUGCGCCUUCUCCCUGCAGGAUAUCGCCGACACCUUCGCCGGCAAUUUCAAGGAACAAGGUGCAUUAAAUUCCAACUGGUUACCGGUGCAAGAUACGAAGGUACCGGAUCCGCGACCAGGACAAUGCACCAAUGACUCGCGCACGCUGCCGGAUCUGACACUCAACUUCAUCAACACGCAUUCGCUGAUGGACGAAUCGGUGCCGAGCUUUUUCGGCCAGCCGAUCGUCAUACGCACCAGUUUCCAUUAUAGAUUCACCCAGAUCGCCGUGGAUCCUCAAGUGAAGACUCCGGGCGGCAAGACCUACGACGUUCUCUUCAUCGGCACGGACAACGGCAAGGUGAUCAAGGCGGUGAACGCCGAGUCCGCGGAUUCUCAUCAGAAAGUCAGUCCGGUCGUGAUCGAGGAGAUCCAAGCUUUCCCGCAAACGGUGCCGGUUCGCGGCAUCAAGGUGGUGCGAGCCUCCCAGGCGGGCGACGGUCUCGAGGACGGUCGAUUGGUCGUCAUCGCCGACAGUCAGGUGCAGGCGCUGAGACUCCAUCGAUGCUACAGCGACAGGAUAUUGUCCUGCAGCGAGUGCGUCGCUCUUCAAGAUCCGUAUUGCGCCUGGGAUAAGGUGGAGGGCAAAUGUAGGGCGUUGGUCGGCCCGGCGUCAACGGACGCCAGCAGAUUCCUGCAGAGUGUCGCGACGGGGACGCACGCAUCUUGUCCACCGAGCAAGAGUCUCAACAAGGACGCCGGAAGCGUCGGUGCUAUAUCCGCUAAUCAGAACAAGUUUCCGCAAGACUCGAUACCGAACAAAGAUAAUCCGGGCGGCGAAAUUAUCAAUAUCAUGCAGGACGAGGAACAGGACAAUUCAGGUCCGGAAGUAUCCGCAGCUGAUACACCUCCUCCACAAUACUCCGUAGAGACUCUGGUAAUGGCUGUGGUAGCCGGUGCACUGGCCGCGUUGUUCGUUGGUUUCGUAGCCGGUUAUUUGUGUGGGAGAAAGUGCAGAAAAGACGAGGACGACAAUCUACCUUAUCCGGACACGGAAUACGAAUACUUUGAGCAACGGCAAAACGUGAAUAGUAAUGUUUGUCUAUCCACCUUCAGCAGGCUGGCGCCCGAGCCAAAGCUGUUACCGCAGGAGGAGGUGACCUAUGCGGAACCGGUGCUGGUUCCGCAACCGCCGAAGCUUCAAUCUCCGAAAGGUACGAUGAGGAAACCACCGCCCACACCCACGGAGACUCUCUUCCAGUUCCCAGAUGGUUAUGGUUUCCGCGGGGGACCGCGUGGCGACAAUUUCGGCACCCUGCGCUCCCAUCAGGGUGACGCGUAUCGUCGCAACGAUGGCUUUGCGACCACGCGCAGCGUCAAGAAGGUUUAUCUCUGAGAAACGAGCGAGGAGGGGGGUGGCCGUCACCGGAGUCUAGGACGGCCAGCGCGCAAUCGCCACAACGCGACGACGGGCAGCAGAAGUAGUCGCGCUGUGACGUCCGGGGGACAGUCGAAUCGUGAGCUCGCCGGGCCGAGGGCACUGGAAUCGCCCUCGCCAUCGUCGAGCGUAUCAUCGAGUUCCCCGUCCCCUCCCUCCUCGUCACCCUCGCCCACCCUCGUACCGAUUGCCAUGAGCGGCCAACAGCCACCGCCGCCACCAACACCACCAUGCAGUUUCAUCUAUCGAUCAUAGUCAUCGUCGUCAUCGUCGUCGUCGCCGCCGAUAUCGUCGUCGUCGUCGUCAUCAUCAUUGUCAUCGCCGUCGUCAUCACGAUGGUCGUCGUACUCUGCUUUCUGCUCGAUGACGCGAGGGGAUGAGAGAGAGAAAGCGCUCUACAGUCCUAGCGCGUUAUUCCGAAAUAUAUAAAUUGAAUAAUCGAAAGAAUAAUCUCCUGGCCAGAAAUAUCGCAAUACUUCAAUGGAUGUCGCAGUAUUUUUUUUAAUUUUUUUUUAAAUUUAAAAAAAUUUUUUUUUUUUUUUUUUUGUAUCUUGAAGGUUUUUGUUUUGCUUGUGGUUUUUAUUUUGACAUACUAAUGUUGCUUUGAUGGUAACGAUAAGUUAGAACGUUGGAAUUUCGCGUCGAUCGAGUCUAGAUGUUACCGUUCGUUUGCAUAACAAAAAUCGAUCAAGGAAAUUAUCUUUUACAAAUUGAUUGCUUAUCGCAUUGGAAAACAUCGAGUCGAGCAACCGUGCAUAGGGCAGUUUAUUUUCGCCCAUUUACAAAUCCAUCACAGCGUCAUAAUACAGCAUUUCAUAAUUCUAGAAACGACAUUCCAACCGGAAAUGUUUCGGUAGACAUUACGUUUGAUCAGUAGCUUGAUUAUCUCGUGCACGUUGAAGACUAAAAUAAGGCGAGCGUAAACAUUUUAGCAUAGCGGUUGUCGGUUAUCGUAGAUCUUUAGCACUAAUUCGCAAAAGAAUGAAGAAUAAAGUAAGUAGAAUAAAGAAAAAAAAGAAGAAAGAAAUUAUCGAUGCUCGAACGUGUAAAA